CCGGAAAUGGAUUCACACAAAAAAAGAAGCUGAACCGUCAAAACAUAAACAGAGCAGCCAACCUUGUGGAAACGCAGCUAGCUCGCUUCAUACUCCGUUUUUUCUUAAACAGCUUUAUGCAGGUUUUCCUCAUGUCGUGUGUUUUCCGUCAGAGACUUCCUAGUCGAGGCACCUAGCUCGUUUGCUAAGCAGAGUGGUGAAGAAAAUAAAUCUGCAAUAAAGAUUAGGACUAAACUAAGAAGUACGCCUCGUCAGGCCUUCGAGCAGAGAGGUUCUCCCUCGGUUCGACGCAGUACGAGGGGACGGGAUGGCUGAAGCCGAAGGCAAAUCCACAGCUCCUACCGGUGGCUCUGAAGAGAAAGAACCAGGAGAAGAUCAACACAAAGAAGUAAAUGCUUCUGGAAGCAAAGAGGGACAAACCCAGGCUUCUUCUAAAGAUGCUCCCAAAGAAACAGGAGAGGGCUCUGGAGACAAGCCGAUGCCAGAUGUGGAAGGAGAAACUGGGGAUAACAGAGAGGGAGAGGAGGAAGAGGAUACAGACAGCAUGGAUGGCAGCGGUCUGUACUCCCUGACAGAGGAGGGUGAAAGAGAGAGUGAGGGAGGCAGACGAGAGAGAGCGAAAGAAAAGGAUGGCGGGAAGAGGGCAGCUAGAAAGAGGAACAGGCCUGGUGGCGGCGGUGGCACAAACCACUCCUCCAGCUCAGAUGAAGAUGACGACGACGAUGACGAAGAAGAAGAACAGAAAGAUGACGACGACGAUGAUGAUGAGGCCAUGGAGGCGUGGCUGGGGGCGGAGCUCAGUGACCUGCGUGGGCCUAUAUGGCGGGCAGUGCCCUCUCUGCGGUCGAGGGAGAUCGGCAGGGACUCCCAUCAGUUUGUGAGGCGUGUGUGCGGCGCCCGGGGCCUCGUACAGAGGCUGGAGCUCCAGGGUCGUCUCGAAAGACACACAGGCUGCGUCAACACAUUGCACUUCAACCCCUCGGGGACGCGCCUGGCCUCGGGCAGCGAUGACCUGCGGGUGGUGAUCUGGGACUGGGCCAUUCGGCGUGCUGAACUGGAGUUUGACAGCGGUCACAAGAGCAAUGUGUUUCAGGCGAAGUUUCUGCCUCACAGUGGAGACUCCACCUUGGCCAUGUGUGCUCGAGAUGGCCAGAUCAGAGUGGCUGAACUUUCUGCCACCCAACGCUGCAAGAACACCAAAAGAGUAGCACAGCACAAAGGGGCAGCACACAAGUUGGCCCUGGAGCCAGAUUCCCCCUGCUCUUUCCUGUCAGCUGGAGAGGACGCCGUGGUGUUUGGUAUUGAUCUACGUCUAGAUCGUCCUGCCAAUAAACUGGUGGUUGUAAAGGAGGGCGAUAAAAAAGUCGGACUGUACACCAUCUUUGUGAACCCGGCAAAGACACACCACUUUGCUGUGGGUGGGAGAGACCAGUAUGUCAGGAUUUAUGACCAGAGGAAGAUAAAUGAGAAUGACAAUAACGGUGUGCUGAAAAAGUUUUGUCCUUCGCAUCUGGUAUCCAGUGAGUCCAAAACCAACAUAACCUGCCUUGUAUACAGUCACGAUGGCACAGAGCUCUUGGCCAGUUACAAUGAUGAAGACAUCUACCUGUUUGACUCAAACCACAGCGAUGGGGCCGACUAUCGCAGGAGAUACAAGGGACACCGCAAUAACGCUACAGUGAAAGGGGUGAACUUUUAUGGGCCGUGCAGUGAGUUUGUGGUCAGCGGCAGUGACUGUGGACACAUCUACCUGUGGGACAAACACUCGGCUCGCAUCGUCCAGUUUAUGGAGGGAGACAGAGGAGGAGUGGUGAACUGUUUGGAGCCACAUCCUCAUCUUCCAGGCAUGGCCACCAGUGGCUUGGACCAUGACAUCAAACUGUGGGCACCCACUGCUGAAACCCCAACAGGGCUUAAGGGCCUCAAAGAGGUGAUGAAGAAAAACAAGCGGGAGCGCGACGAGGACAGUGUGCGCCACGGCGACCAGUAUGACACCCAGCUGCUGUGGUUCCUGAUGAGACACAUGAGGAACAGACGGCCACAGAGGACCCGUCGUGAGGGAGCAGACCCAGACACAGAUGAGUCCUGGAGCUCUCCAGAUUCUUCUGAUGAAGAGGAAGGAGGUCCAGACCACGUCCAGUGCAUGUCCUCCUGAGCCACACACAUACACACACACACACACACACACACACACACACAUACAUACACACAUACAUAAAUACACACUUUAUUGCCCUUGAAUUGAUCCACCUAGGCAAGCACUAUCGACACACUGGCACAUUCAAACACUGACGAGCCACAGACUAGUUUUUUUUUCCUACACAUAUACAAAUUGACACAGAUAAACAUAUAUAUUUACUUACACUUACUGUUGAAGCAGAGUGACAGAGAUGCUUAACGCCUGAUUUCCCCAGCGGUUAUGAGUGACUUAAGACUGCAUACACACUUCCAUGUUUUCUGACAAUUGUACGAAGAGGUUUUGGAGCGCUUACAUCCCUAUAAACCACUUCUUCUGGGAGGCCCCUGCUUGUUGUCCGUACGUUACCUUCUCUAAGCUCUGCCCAGCCCCAGAUCAACGUACUGUGCGUGUAUGGCAACAGGCACCUCCGCAUUAGACCCCCCCACUCCCCUUAGUAAGCUACAACACCAGCACACAUCCCCCUUCCUCCUCCUCCUCUCGUAUGCCUCUUCAACUUUGACCUUUUCGUUCCCGUGGUGAUGACAACAGAGGGGUUCGACGGGGGGAGGAAGCCCGUCGAAUUGUACCCUCAAAUCAUCCCCUUAAAUGUGACUUCCACUUGAGAUUUGAACUUUGUGAGGGGGGGAGAGAAGAAAACCCCGUGCCCUCCCCUCACCCCUUCACUGCAUCUUCCUCAUGUUCUUAUGCUGAUUUCUGACCCAGAGCUUGAGCAGUUUAAUCUACGGCGCUCUGAGGACUACUAAAUCUGGACAUGCUGCAUCACCCUACAUGCUGCCCUCAGUUGCCCCCCCUCCCCUUCCUUUCUCCCCUUCCCCUUCACUGCUGAGUGCACUUUGAAUCAGGGAUGCUAUAGUUUGAGACGCAGAUAUAACGUGCACUAGGUUGGUGAUCUCUAUGUCGCUUGUAACUCAUUUGCAGAAUCUCCAGUUAAACUGAGUUUGUUUGCGUUGGGGUGGGGGUUGGGGGGCUAUUUUGCACUUCAGCAUUUCUCCACAGAACUCCAGCUGAUAGGGAGUUAGUUUUUUUCUUUCUUUUUUUUUAAUUGUUGUGUUUUUUCCUCCCUUGCUUCCAACCGCUCUUCUUCCUCCAGCCCCCUCCCUCCCCCAUCCCGAAAUCCACUCGUGAUAGGACAGGAAAUUGUCACUUCACCUCAUUCAGCGAGCAAGAAAAUGCACAUAUAGAUGGAGUUCGGCAUGUUAGACAUUCGAAAAAUCCAAUGUGUCGUUAAAGCCAGACCCGACCUGGAUCAGAUGAGUCAGAAGCAGCGUCAGCCCAUCGGGGGGGGGGGACUUUAGUGAUGCACUUAAAGGUAUCGUUUGAAUUUUAAGCCUGUGUUUUUGGGCUUUAUGAAGUAAAUAUCCAGGGUCAGUGCGUUCUCUGAAUUACAUAAAUCACAGCCCACAUGGCCCCCAUUUUGGAGAAGCACAUCGGAGUACAGGUUGGCAACUGUAACAGUGUUUGAGUCAGCUUAGGAGGACAUUAUAUUUAGAAUGUUUCACUGCUUUGCUUGUUGGACGGUUCUUUCUAACAAAUACAUGUGUGUUUUCAUCGCAUAUUAUCAGCACUGAGGUCCAGUGGGUAUGGUUUGAAAGGAUCUAAUUGCAGAAAUGGGAUUUUCAUUAGUGUAUAAACACCUGAAAAUAAGAACCAGUGUGUUUUUGUGACCUCAGAGUGAGUAGUUUACAUCUGUAGAGCAGGGGCAGGAGCCACAUUCAGCUCAAUAUCAUCUCAAAUGGACCAGAUCUGUAAAAUAAUAGCAUCAUAAUCUAUAACUAAUGACAACUCCAAACUUUUCUUUAUGUUUUAGAGUGAAAAAAGUCAGAUCAUAUUAUGAAAAUGCAAAUAAACUGAACUAACCUGAAACUUUGUAAGAAAAUUAAUUGCAAUUUCAACCGUUAUUGUGAAAAGAUGGUCGGUAUUGCAAACAUUUUCAUGCAAUUUAACUUUUUUUAAAGUACAAUAAA